CGCCGCCGCCGGGGGCUCGGCUCGGCCCGGGCAGCGGCGGCUGCAGCCCCCCGGACCCCGCGCCGCCGCGGCGGGCACCGACACACAAUGCGGGACUAGGCGCGGCGCGGAAGGGCCGGCGGCGUGGGGGAGAGGCACCGCAGGCAACUCGACGCGGGGGGAGCCGGAGCUCCGGGCGUGGGGGCGGGGAGCAGGCGGCGCAGGAGAGCGCCCCGAGUCCCGGCGCGGGAGGAGGAGCGGGAGCCUCCCGGGGAGACGGCGCUCCUGGCCGCACCUGCACCCGGCGGGCGGCCGGCGCGGCCCUGCCCUUGCCCGCUGCCUCGGCUCCGCACCGGGACACAUGGAAGCCUCCUGCCGACCAGCCAAGGAUCAGCUGAGCCCUGGGGCUGAUGCUUGCCGCCACUGCUGAGAAUGGCACCGAGGCCCAGCCAGGCACCAGGACAAAGGUUAACCCGGGACACUCCUGGACAGUGACCCUGAUGUCUGUUCUGAGCCGUGCACUCAGAGGUCUGAUAAACUUGGUCUCUGGCUUUUCCUUGAUGGUGCUUUAAAAAAUGAUGAUUGGCUGCUUUCCCAAGCCCCAGAGGUCUGUCUAGCCUGAAGGCCGUUGUCUGCGUAGGGCAGACAGUCCCCCUCUGGGUCAGCAGAGAGCUCGCCUGGAAGUCACAGCAGGGAGAGCACCCCCAACGGGACAAGCUGUUUGGGAGCUGCUGGACUGGCCCCCGGGGACCUGGAGCCUUAGAUUCCACGCAGGAGCUUGCGGGGAAGGAGAAGGGCGACUAGCAGCCAGCCCCACUGGGCGCCAUGGCGUCGGCCGAGCCGCUGACGGCGCUGUCCCGCUGGUACCUGUACGCCAUCCACGGCUACUUCUGCGAGGUGAUGUUCACGGCCGCCUGGGAAUUCGUGGUGAACUUUAACUGGAAGUUCCCGGGGGUCACGAGCGUGUGGGCGCUCUUCAUCUACGGCACGUCCAUCCUCAUCGUGGAGCGCAUGUACCUGCGCCUGCGGGGCCGCUGCCCGCUGCUGCUGCGCUGCCUCAUCUACACGCUCUGGACCUACCUGUGGGAGUUCACCACCGGCCUCAUCCUGCGCCAGUUCAACGCCUGCCCCUGGGACUAUUCCCAGUUCGACUUUGACUUCAUGGGCCUCAUCACUCUGGAGUACGCCGUGCCCUGGUUCUGCGGGGCCCUCAUCAUGGAGCAGUUCAUCAUCCGCAACACCCUCCGCCUCCGCUUUGACAAGGACGCGGAGCCCGGGGAGCCCGGGGGUCCCCUGGCCCUGGCCAACGGCCACGUCAAGACGGACUGAAUGGGGCUGGUGGGCGGGGCCCGGGGCUCUCUCAUGGACACGGGGGACAGAGGUACCGAGCUGGUGGGGCUACAUCUUCUGAACAGCACAAGCCCUGGCCCGGGGCUUGCCUCAGCGCGCUAGGGCACACAUGACAUCGGCCUCCCUCCAGCACUCUCCGCGGGGGGCGGGGUGAGGUGUGGGG